AUGGGAAGUAAUUGUUCUUAGAUAGUUUUAGAAAAUAAUGUUGUUAAAUAAGAAUAAAAAUAUGAAAUUAAUAAUCUAAUUUAAAAUGAAACAACUUAUAUACCUACAUUCUCUACUAAGUUGAAAUUAAAUGUGAAAAUUGAUAAAGUUUUGUAACCAUGUAAAGUAAAUGAUUCAGUUUUAGACAUAACAACUGAGAGAAAUUAGCAAGAAUCAUAACAAUAGAAGUUUAAUUUAAAAAAUUACUCAGUUAGUAAAUAUCAAAAAAAUAUUUUGACAAGAAAAUGACAAUUAACAAAUCGUAUAAUCCUGGUAUAAAUAUACUUUCAGAUUUAUGUCCAUAUGAAGUAGCAUCAAUACCAUAGAAAAAAUAAAAAAAAUAAAAAAAUGUAGAAGAGUUAGAUUAAGAUUAUGAUUAAAUGUGUUAAAAUGAUUUGGAUCAAUUCAAAUUUUAACAACCUGCAGUAAUGAAAUAUAUUGACAAACGAUCACAAUAGUAUUACAAAAUGUAAUAAUAAUGUAAUAAAUUAAUAGCACUACUUUUGAACAAAGAAAUCUUAGAAAAUGA